AUGGCAACAACAUCUUCGCCUGCACCGAUGCUCUUCUCUGUUUUGACUUCAUCUCAUGAUGAUUUCGUUACUCAAUUACGAAAUCAUUUAACGCAAAUCGAAAACAAUGUGCAUGAAACUUUGAAUAAAGUUCAGCAGCGUAUGCCGUAUAAACCGAUUGAAGCCAAUAAUUCUGAUGGAACUGAUACGAAAGGUCGACUUCAGUUCUACGAUGUAUUGAAAGACUUAGCAAUAAACAAUAAUCUCCAAUUCGAUGAAUCCUUCUUUCGAAAACAAUUUUUAGACAAACAAGAUUCAUCACCAAAAGUUGAUGUGAUUCGAGCGAAGCCAUCGAUUACUACGGAUACGACUGAUCAUCCUCAAUUAUCGCCCGUUAACAAUGCACGUCGAUCACAAUUUGCACCUGUUCUUAGCAGUACACCCGUGCAUCAAACAAGUCCCAUUACACCAAUACCUGUCGAUCUUACUAUGGCUACAUCAUCGGUUGCUCCGGUUUUGACAAUGAAUUCAAAUGAUCUUCCGGCUGUUUUACCAUCGGCCAUUGCUCCUCAACGAGCAAAUGUAACACGACCAGCCGGUCGUCCACCACGUAUUCCACGUGGUGAAUCAGCUUCACGCCAAAAGAAAAAAGCAUCACCAAUCAAAGAACAAAACGAAGAAACCGUUCUUACCAGAGAAAUUCAAGUAACAACAAAACGUCGUAUUAAAACAAAACAAGAAGUUAUCGAAGAUAACAUUGAAGUUAUCAUCGAACAACAAACAGAAAUCAUUCCAGAUAUGAUGAAACAAGUCCAAGCCACUCCCCUACGUGGAAGAAAGAAGAAAACGGUUCAGGAUGACGCUAAUCUUAUUCCGCAACUGGAACCACCUGCAUUGUCACCAACAGCAACAACAACAGCUCCAGCUGUGGAAGAAAAUGAAACUAUUCCCAAGAAAACAAGAACCGGAAGGAACAAAAAGAAAGAUGACGAGGAUAGUAAACCUAAAAGAACCGCGUCUGCGCGUAACCGAAAGAAACAACAGCAACAAGAAGGAGAGCAGCAGCCAGAAGAUGUUCCAGUAGCACCGAAGAAAACAACUAGAAACAAGAAACUCGUUGAACCCACGACUACUAUAGAAGAGAAUCCACCACCGCCACCUCCAUCAGUAGUCACUGUUCGUGCAACUCCUUCGCGUGGAAAGAAGAAAUCGCCAGUUGAAACUGGUGUUAUUUCACCACCGAAGACAGUUACUCCACCAACGCCAAAGAAGACAACCAAGUCAAAAAAACGAAAAGAUAUUGAGAUCACCAAUGAAAAUCCAACCGACACUAUUCAUCCACCGUCACCAAAACGUCGUGGUGGUCGAAAUACCAAAUCCAAAAAUGCCUCACCGGUCGAACCAAUUGCUACUCCACCUUUAAUUGAACAAGCACCUCAACUGCCACCAUCAACCCGCAGCAGUCGACGUGGUAAAAAAGACAUUGAAAUACCAAUCGAAAAACAAGAAAACAUUGUUUUGACUAAAAAACCUCGAACUGGUCGUGGAAAGAAAACGAAUGAACCGAACAAUACUGAUAUGCCUGUCACUGUUGUAGACGUCGUGAUGACAUCAGUUACUGUAUCGGCACCAGUUCCUUCAACAACUGAUCUGGUAGGUGCUAAACCACCUCGGCCGCCAGUUGCACGCAAGAAGAAAAGUCUUGCUAUGCCACCCGUAUCUCAAAUGUCUCCAUCAACACCACCGCCAACGCAACGUAUUCCAUCAACUUCACCUAUUAAUGAUAAGCCACUUCUACCCAUACCUGUUCCAACAAAUGGUGGUCGACGACGUCAACAGCAACGUCGAAUUGUUCAUUCACCUCAUCAAGCUGAAGAAUCCACUCUCGAAACAAUAUCAUCGAUCACACGAAAUCAAAAACGUACACAAUCGUCAACAAUGUCAACGCCCAAACGCGCUCGUCGUGACAAUCUUCUUGUUAUCACUGUACCUAGUACACCAGGUAAAAAACGUAACAAAUGUACGUGUGAAAAGCGUCGACAUCGAAUAUGCGAUAUUUGUGCAACUGCUAUCGAUACUUAA